AUGUUCCGCUGGUACAAAGAGUCAGCCGUCUGCUUUGCGUUCUUGUCAGAUGUGCGAAGCCGGGCUCGCACACGAUGUUUGUUCGGAAACUCUCGCUGGUUUACUCGAGGCUGGACCCUUCAAGAACUCAUUGCGCCUCGGGAGGUCCUUUUUUACGACAAGCAUGGGAACUUCACUGGAAGUAGGUCAUCGUUAUCAAUCAAGAUUCAAGAUAUAACCGGCAUCCCCAUUAAAGAGCUAGAGACCAAGUUACUUCAUAGGUUUGCUCCCGCUGUGAGAUUAGGGUGGGCAAGAAAAAGAAACACAUCACGCAAAGAAGACAUAGCAUAUUGCUUGAUGGACAUUUUCGGCAUUACUAUGCCUCUCCUCUAUGGCGAAGGAGGAAAAGCCUUUGUACGAUUACAGCAAGAGAUUAUCAAAGAACACAGAGGGCAAAGCCUGUUGGCUGGGGGUUACAACGAGUCGCCGUUGAUUCGCAGCACGUUCGCUCCAUCGCCAUCCUACUUUAGAAACUUGGACAUGACGGAUUACCCAGGUGAGACUUUCCACCUGAACAACAGAGGGCUCGAAAUAUCACUGCGAAUAUUCCAACUUCCAAACAUCGGUGUUGGAUCGAUUUCGGACAGAUACGAUGUUCACUAUGCAGUGUGGGAGGUUAAUGUUUACCCACGACUCGGUUUCAAGAAUUUCUCAACGCAUCGCCUCUGCUUUCCAUUACUGGCUUCGUCGACUGGUUCAAAGGGGACAAAUGAUGAACAGGAAAUGAUUCAACUUCCUUCUCGACCUGUCGUGAUCAACGCUGGGCACGUCCCUAGAGGAACAGCCCACAGGAAAGUAUUGAUAUUAGGACCUAAGAUUCUCGACUUCUUUCGCAACAACUUCCUCAGGGUGCGCAUACAGUUGACCGAUUUAUACAAAUUCCUUCCAUCGGCGAGGUUGGUGGAAGUGUUUCCACCGGCAGCUAAUAUAGGGUUCGAAUCUAUUCCAGGUGCAUUUGCAACGCUGAGUCUAUCUGUUGGAGCGAACCGCAAUUAUGGCACUCAUAUCUUCCGUUUCUUGGUUCCUGGCAACAUCAGGAGCACGAAUAUGGAAGGAGAUCGAUCAAUGCACUUUGCGGUGAUUCUUGGCCCCUAUUCUGCCGCUGCCGCCACCGAAACCACCUUGGGAAAGCCUGGGCCAGAAGUCAUUGUGUCUGCGAUUGAGUGGAUGGAUCACUCAAAAUCUCCAGAAAGGAAAAGUGACAGACUUCAGGAAGAAGCGAAGCGGUUCUGGUCGCUAGUUGACGCUUUUAUGGCGGGUGUUCCAUUAUUGGAUGCAAAGAUAUGGUUUGACAAGCAAGUUCCCUUUUUUGUCGGUGGAAGGCCGUUGUCAGCGGCAACGACUCUUAAGUCGGGCGUUUUUCUUAAUAAAGAUCGUCCAGAGAUCACUGAAGUUGGGUUUUCUCUGGGAAAAGGCAAGAAUCAGGUUGAUACCAGAUAA